CCCAUCCUCCAGCUCAACCCACCCCGGAAUCCACUCGUUCACCACCUGCAAUGGCGUCGCCGCCUCCGGUAGAAGACCAGGCUCGUCUGCUUGAAGAUGCCCUGGCCGUCGUGCGCCAGCAGACGAUGCUCAUGCGGCGAUGCCUGGAGACACCCGGGAAGUUGAUGGAUGCGCUCAAGUGCAGCUCUACAUUGGUGUCGGAGUUGCGAACUAGUAGCCUUGGGCCUAAGCAGUACUACGAGCUGUACAUGGCCGUCUUCGACGCUCUCCGCCAUCUCGCCGUCUACCUCCGCGAUAACCACCCCGUGAACCACCUCGCCGAUCUGUACGAGCUUGUUCAGUAUGCAGGAAAUAUUAUACCCCGCCUGUAUCUCAUGGUCACAGUGGGCACCGUUUACAUGGCCAUUGAAGAUGCGCCGGUAAAGGAGAUCAUGAAGGAUAUGAUGGAGAUGAGCCGCGGGGUGCAACAUCCUAUUCGAGGUCUAUUCCUCCGGUAUUACCUUGCUGGUCAAGCACGGGACUGCCUCCCCACGGGCGAUGGCGAUGGCCCCGAAGGAAAUCUCCAAGACUCUAUUAGCUUUAUUCUCACGAAUUUCGUGGAAAUGAACAAGUUGUGGGUUCGACUACAGCAUCAGGGACAUUCGAGAGAGCGGGAACAGAGGACGAAGGAGCGCCAAGAACUGCAACUCCUCGUAGGUAGCAAUCUGGUUAGACUGAGCCAACUGGUGGAUCUGGAGAACUACAAGAAAAUCCUGAAUCCCUUGCUGGAGCAGAUCGUCCAGUGUAGGGAUGUCUUGGCGCAAGAAUAUCUGCUAGAAGUGGUGACUCAGGUCUUCCCUGACGAAUUUCACCUUCACACCCUCGAUCAAUUUCUCUCCGCAACCGCUCGAUUAAACCCGCAUGUAAACGUCAAGGCUAUUGUCGUUGGAUUGAUGGACCGAUUGGCUGCGUAUGCACAGAGGGAGUCGGAGACAGAAACCCCCGAACAACGCAAGAAGAAUGAAGAAGAAUCAAUUGAGAAGCUGAUGGAGCAAUUGAGGAUAGCUAAAGAGAGGAAAGCCGAAGAACUGGUAUCAAAAACAGCACAACCGAAUGGCAACAGCCUCGAAGAGCCCCAUGCCGGCGCGGAGGAGGCGUCGACAACAUCCUCUACGACGGUAGUGGUGGAACCCGAAAACGAGACUGAAACCAAAGAGUUAGACGGUGAGAUCGAAAAAUCACGUGGAAUACCUAAGAACGUGAAAUUGUUCGAGAUAUUCCACGAACAGGUUGUGACCCUCGUAAAGAUGCAACGGUUAACAAUCCAAGACACUAUUGGAUUGUUGGUCUCGCUAACAAAUCUUGCCCUAAACGUCUAUCCCGAGCGACUUGACUAUGUCGACCAAGUUCUCUCCUUCGCAAACGAAAAGGUAUCAGAAUACGCCAACAGCGCUGACCUGCAUUCGCAAGCAUGCCAGAGCCAGAUUUUGAGUCUUCUCCUUGCCCCUAUCAAAACCUACAUCUCUCUUUUCACUGCGUUGGCAUUGCCAAGCUUUAUUCCUCUUUUGCACUCCCAGCCUUAUCCUACUCGUCGGGCGGUAGCCGGUGAGGUCGCUCGAAGUCUGCUUCGGAACCAGACUCCAAUCACUUCUGUGGAGAACCUGGAAAGCGUGCUAGAAAUCCUCAAGGUCCUAAUUCGAGAGGGGAUCCAGCAAGCGACCAGUUAUCCCGGGGGCCCGAUUCAGAGGAAGGCAAUGGAGACGGACGAAACGAUAGAAGAGCAAGGGUGGCUUGCUCGAAUAGUACAUCUCAUUCAUGGCACGGACAACGACACUCAAUUCAAACUCCUCCAGACGGCCCGAAAAGCCUUCGUAGAUGGCAACGAGCGCGUCAAGUACACUACACCUGCACUCAUCACUGCGUCUCUCAAACUCGCGCGGCGCUACAAAGCUCGUGAGCAUUUCGAGGACAACUGGUCUUCACAAUCCUCCGCGCUGUACAAGUUCAUGCAUAGCGCAAUUUCGACACUGUAUACCCGUGUUGCAGGUUCUGCGGACCUGUCUCUUAGGCUUUUCAUCGGUUGCGGUCAAAUCGCUGAUCAAACGGGCUUCGAAGAAGUUGCCUACGAGUUCUUCGCUCAGGCAUUCACUAUAUAUGAAGAGGCCAUUAGCGAUUCGAGGGCACAGUUCCAGGCUGUGUGUGUUGUUGCUAGUGCCUUACAUACGACUCGGAAUUUCGGGAAGGAGAACUACGACACUCUAAUUACAAAGUGUGCUCUACAUGGCAGCAAAUUGCUGAAGAAACCUGACCAAUGUCGUGCUGUCUACCUUGCGAGCCAUCUAUGGUGGGCAACGGAGAUAAGAGCGUUGGGCGAGGAGGAUCCGAAGAAUCUCUACCGCGACGGGAAGCGAGUACUUGAGUGUCUGCAGCGCGCGCUCCGUGUCGCUGAUGCUUGUAUGGACGCUGCAGUAUCUGUCGAGCUCUUCGUUGAGAUUCUGAACCGAUACGUAUAUUACUUCGACCAAGAGAACGAUGCUGUGACAACAAAAUACCUGAACGGCCUCAUCGAGCUCAUCCACUCAAACCUCCAAUCUAACGAGAAUGCCUCCUCUCUUGAGAACCCGCGGCGGCAUUUCCAGCGCACUCUCGACUACAUCGCGAGCAGAGAGUAUGAAGGCGUUGUGACGACCUCGAAAUAGGAGAAUGAAUUAUUGGAGGCAUUUCCUUCUUCUACUUGAACUACUCCUUGUAUAGUUACUUGCGAGGAGUCUUUUGGGCAUAGCGUCUUUGAGCCCUGUAGAUUUGGUGUUGGGAAUUAGUAAAUUUAUGGAUGUUGUGAUAGUCUUGAAGAAUGUGAUAGUAUAUGUUGAAGCCCAAGGGCUAGGGAGGGAUUUGUGAGCUAGGUUCAUUCAGCGAGUU